GGGCCCAGGAAGGCGGAGCCAGCGGCGGCCCAGGCUCGGAGCACCCGCGCGGCUCCCGUUCGCGGAGCACACAUCCCGGCGCGACGAGGUUCCUUCGGAGAGCGAGCGGGAGUCGGUGCUCGGCCUCCUGCGGGGAGCAGCCCAAGGAAUCUGCAGGGAGAGGUCAGGACGUGACAACACCAGCAUGCCAGUGCUGUCGGAGGACUCUGGUUUGCAUGAAACCCUGGCCCUGCUGACCUCCCAGCUGAGACCUGACUCCAACCACAAGGAGGAGAUGGGCUUCCUGAGGGAUGUUUUCAGUGAAAAAAGCCUCAGUUACUUAAUGAAGAUUCAUGAGAAGCUUCGCUAUUAUGAAAGGCAAAGUCCAACCCCAGUUCUGCACAGCGCUGUGGCCCUCGCUGAGGACGUGAUGGAGGAGUUGCAGGCCGCCUCCGUGCACAGUGAUGAGAAGGAGCUGCUCCAGCUGCUGUCCACCCCGCACCUGAGGGCUGUGCUCAUGGUACACGACACGGUUGCCCAGAAGAAUUUUGACCCUGUUCUCCCGCCUCUGCCUGACAAUAUCGAUGAGGAUUUUGAUGAGGAAUCUGUGAAGAUCGUCCGCUUGGUGAAGAACAAGGAACCCCUGGGUGCCACCAUCCGGCGGGACGAGCACUCAGGGGCUGUCGUGGUGGCCAGGAUCAUGCGAGGAGGCGCAGCAGACAGGAGCGGCCUGGUCCACGUUGGAGACGAGCUCCGAGAAGUGAACGGGAUUGCAGUCCUGCACAAGCGGCCCGACGAGAUCAGCCAGAUUCUGGCCCAGUCCCAGGGGUCCAUCACCCUAAAAAUCAUCCCAGCCACCCAGGAGGAAGAUCGCUUAAAGGAGAGCAAGGUGUUCAUGCGCGCCCUCUUCCACUACAACCCUCGCGAGGACCGGGCCAUCCCUUGUCAGGAGGCGGGCCUGCCCUUCCAGCGCAGGCAGGUCCUGGAAGUGGUGAGCCAGGACGACCCCACGUGGUGGCAGGCCAAGCGAGUCGGGGACACCAACCUUCGAGCCGGCCUCAUCCCCUCCAAGCGGUUCCAGGAGAGACGACUAAGCUACCGGAGAGCCGCGGGCACCCUGCCGAGCCCCCAGAGCCUCAAGAAGCCCCCCUAUGAUCAGCCUUGUGACAAAGAGGCCUGUGACUGUGAGGGCUACCUCAAAGGGCAGUAUGUGGCUGGUCUUCGGAGGAGUUUCCGGCUGGGCUGUAGGGAGAGACUGGGUGGCUCCCAGGAAGGGAAGAUGUCCUCCGGAGCUGAGUCUCCAGAGCUGCUGACUUACGAGGAGGUGGCCAGGUACCAACACCAGCCCGGAGAGCGGCCCCGCCUGGUGGUUCUGAUCGGGUCUCUGGGAGCCCGACUGCACGAGCUGAAGCAAAAGGUGGUGGCCGAGAACCCACAGCACUUUGGUGUCGCUGUUCCACAUACCACCAGGCCCCGAAAGAGCCAUGAGAAGGAAGGAGUGGAAUAUCACUUUGUGUCUAAGCAAGCAUUUGAGGCCGACUUACAUCACAACAAGUUCCUGGAACAUGGUGAAUAUAAGGAAAAUUUCUAUGGAACCAGCCUGGAGGCCAUUCAGGCUGUUAUGGCCAAAAACAAAGUUUGUUUGGUGGAUGUGGAGCCGGAAGCACUGAAACAACUGAGGACCUCAGAAUUUAAACCCUAUAUUAUAUUUGUAAAGCCUGCAAUUCAGGAAAAAAGAAAGACACCACCUAUGUCCCCAGCUUGUGAGGACACGGCAGCCCUAUUUGAUGAGCAGCAGCAAGAGAUGGCCGCUUCCGCCACCUUCAUAGACCAGCAUUAUGGGCACCUGGUAGACGCCGUGCUGGUGAAGGAGGAUCUCCAGGGUGCCUACAGCCAGCUCAAAGUGGUCUUAGAGAAGCUGAGCAAGGACACUCACUGGGUACCUGUUAGUUGGGUCAGGUGACUUUAUCCCAGAACAUCCAAGCUGGAUGGGACCUUGAAGAUCAACUAGUCCAGACUCCCUCAUUUUACCAUCAAGGAAUCUUGAGCGCAGAGACGGGGAGAAUUCUCCACAAACUGCAUCGUCGAGAAGAGUAUAAGUGGGAAGUCUUGUUUGUUGUUGGUUUUUGUCUGUUGUUUUUCACUGCACCUCUUUGGAUCAUGAUUUGAAAGGGGCAUAUCAGAAAACAACACAUUUCAUUCGUUAAAGUAUCACAGGCAAGCUGACCCUGAUUCUUUGUACCAAAGUUAAGUAGCCACUGUCUUUUGCAGGUGAUAGUGGUUAAUUUAUACAGUACUGAUUUGCAGAAUUAAUUUAAGCAUUUUAAACAUAGUGACGCUUAGUAGUUUUUUUGGAAGCUAACUUGUUUUAUCCAAGGGGAUUUUACAUGUAACUGAAAUUCCCCUGUCUUCAAGCACUAAAAUGUUGAUCUUAACCUUUUUUUGAAGUGCUUGCCUGGUAAUAGAAAAUUGGUUCUCUGCCUAUUUUAAAAUAGUGAAUAUACGUAAAUUGUCUCUGGAAGGCUGAGGCACACUUCACCAUCAACAUGAAUUACUGUACUAUUCUGUACUACAGUGGUGCCUUCAGGGACUCGAGGAAUGUAAGGUUGUCUUUCCCGUUUCUAAAUACCCUCGGAUUCCUAACAUCGAGCCCUUGCUUUGUUUGAUUUGUUCUAUUCCACCCAUUGUUCCUUUUGUUACUGACAGUUGCCUUGGUCCUAGCCAGUCCCUGCCAUGAGAUCAUAGGGGUUCCUGUUGUGCUAGAUCUUGGGAAACCAAAUGACUCUCCCUGUCAAAACUAUGGCUAUGCCGCUGUAAACCAUUUCUGUCAAGAAUAAAAGUAUGUAGACCCAGAGUGUGGGCCUAA